CUCAAGCCCACUACUUCCCAAGCAAAGUCGAGCUUCAGCCAUGGGUUUCACGAAUGCAAUGGCGAGACCAGCGACAUUCCCGACUCGCGAUCGCCAACUCAAAGAGCUUGCUUUCGUGGCCUCAAGCUCUUCCCUCCUCAAAUUCGGCGCUUCCCGGUUCCAUCGGCUCAAUGGGAAGCUUAAUGGCGCUAGAAAUGCUUCGGCUCUUCCCGUUAUCAGAGCCGAGAGCAGCACCACAGAGUAUUUUCCAGAUGCCAAAUUCUACAAAAUAGAAGCGAUACUCAGGCCUUGGCGCGUCCCUCAAGUUUCCUCGGCUCUGCUUAAGAUGGGCAUUCGAGGCGUUACUGUUUCGGAUGUUCGGGGCUUUGGUUCUCAGGGAGGCUCUACAGAAAGGCAGGCUGGCUCUGAAUUUUCUGAAGACAAGUUCCUAGCUAAGGUCAAGAUGGAAAUUGUGGUGAGCAAGGGGCAGGUUGAAGCAGUAAUUAACAAAAUAAUCAAGGAGGCAAGAACAGGGGAGAUUGGCGAUGGCAAAAUUUUCUUGGUACCCAUCUCAGACGUAAUAAGAAUUCGCACAGGUGAGCGUGGAGACAAGGGCGAGAGGAUGAGCGGAGGCCGGGCCGACAUGUUCUCGACUUCCUAGCUUUCUGUGAAGCUUUAGUUUGCAUCUGUUACCCACUCCAUCGUCCUGAAAGGUUCUGAAAUGUUGCCCUCACUGGUUUUCUGUGCUCCGUUUGAAGAACUUAGCAGUUACCACUUACCACCAGUCAUUGGACCAUGGUCAAUUAAGAUUAAUUACUAGUCAGACUCGAAAAAUCUUAGUUUCAUGUUCAUGAAUGUGUAAUUGACCAUCCUGUCCAAGAGAAAGACAUGGAUCUGAAUAAUAGGCUACUCAAGCGAGUUGCCUUGUCUGUACGAAAUCGUUUGAGCAUUGCUAAUAAUGUCCAGCAAAUUCGCAUUUUUGUUGUUGU